UCCGCCUACGGAAGCCGGGACGCCGGCCGCGCUUAUCUUGUCGCGCGCAACCGCAGUCUCGCGGCUGGGAGCGAACGCAGCGGUCUCCCGGGAGCGGAGGCGCAGAGACCGGGCCUCGGACCAGCCCUUCCGGCGGCGGCGAAGUGGCGGCACGGAGAGCUGACUGGUCAAAAGAAUGGAUUUUACAGAGGCUUACUCUGACACAUGCUCCACGGUUGGACUUGCUGCCAGGGAAGGCAAUGUUAAAGUCUUAAGAAAACUGCUCAAAAACGGACGUAGUGUUGAUGUUGCUGAUAACAGGGGAUGGAUGCCAAUUCAUGAAGCAGCUUAUCACAACUCUGUAGAAUGUUUACGGAUGUUAAUUCAUGCAGCUUCAUCUAAAAACUACAUUAAGACAAAGACUUUUGAGGGCUUCUGUGCAUUACAUCUUGCUGCAAGUCAAGGACAUUGGAAGAUCAUACAGAUUCUUCUAGAAGCUGGGGCAGAUCCUAAUGCCACUACUUUAGAGGAAACCACACCACUGUUUUUAGCUGUUGAAAAUGGACAGAUAGAUGUGUUAAGGCUGCUACUUCGAUAUGGAGCAAAUGUUAAUGGAUCCCAUUCUAUGUGUGGAUGGAACACCUUGCACCAGGCUACUUUUCAGGAAAAUGCUGAGAUCAUAAAAUUGCUUCUUAAAAAAGGAGCAAACAAGGAAUGCCAGGAUGACUUUGGAAUCACACCUUUAUUUGUGGCUGCUCAAUAUGGCAAGCUAGAAAGCUUGAGCAUACUUAUAUCAUCAGGUGCAAAUGUCAAUUGUCAAGCCUUGGACAAAGCUACUCCCUUGUUCAUUGCUACUCAAGAGGGCCACACAGAAUGUGUGGAGCUUUUGCUUUCCAGUGGGGCAGAUCCUGAUCUUUACUGUAAUGAGGACAAUUGGCAGUUACCUAUUCAUGCAGCUGCACAAAUGGGCCAUACAAAAAUCUUGGACUUGUUAAUACCACUUACUAACCGGGUCUGUGACACUGGGCCAAACAAAGUGAGUCCUGUGUACUCAGCAGUGUUUGGAGGGCAUGAAGAGUGCCUAGAAAUGUUGCUCCAGUCUGGCUACCACCCAGAUGCCCAGAUGUGCCUCGUCUUCGGAUUCAGUUCUCCCAUGUGUAUGGCUUUCCAAAAGGACUGUGACUUCUUGGGAAUUGUGAAUAUUCUUUUGAAAUAUGGAGCCCAGCUAAAUGAACUUCAUUUGGCAUACUGCCUGAAGUAUGAGAGGUUUUCAGUAUUUCGCUACUUUUUGAAGAAAUGUUGCCCAUUGACAUCAUGGAGCCACAUAUCUGAAUUUAUAAGUCAUGCAGUUAAAGCACAGACAAAAUAUAAAGAAUGGUUGCCAUCUCUCCUGCUUGCUGGAUUUGACCCACUGAAUCUCCUCUGCAGUUCUUGGAUUGACUCAAUCAGCGAUGACAUCCUUAUCUUCACUUUGGAGUUUACUAAUUGGAGGAGGCUUCCUCCAGCUGUUGAAAAGAUGCUCUCUGCUCGUGCCUCAAACUCCUCUUGGGCUCUACAGCAACAUAUUGCCUCUGUUCCAUCCCUGACCCACCUUUGUCGUUUGGAAAUUCGGUCCAGUCUAAAACCAGAGCACCUACUAUCUAACAGUUUUAUCUGUCAGUUGCCACUUCCCAGAAGCCUACAUGAUUAUUUGCUCUAUGCAGAGGUUUUGAGGAUGAAUGAAGUUCCAGAACUGGCAGUUAUUCAAGAUGGAGAAAUCAGUGAAGCUACUUAACACAGGUCAUGUCUUACUCUGAAAACCACCGAGAUAAGGAGCCAUGGAGUACAAAUUCUUCACGAUUUUAUUGUCACAAAAGAUGAUUUUUGUUUGUGUGGUUGGUUAGAUUUUAGAGGGCAGUAGUUUAAUGCAAAUGUUUACAACUAAGCUUCCUGGUAAAAAAGUAUAAACCUCACUAAUGUUACUUUAUUGCAGUUUUAUCAUCAGUACACUUUAUGUUGUAAAUUACCUAACCAUUUUCUGCUUUAUUCUGUUAAUGAACUGUGGCUAAACAUGGCAUAUUUCCACGUAUGAUCCUGUGUUUACCUAGGGCUAGCGUUUAGAAGGGAAUGCAUAAAACUUCACUGGACAUGUACACACAGUGUAGUUGAGUCUCUCUUAUAUUUAUAAAAGAACUGUCUUAUAUUCUAUUCUCAUCUCUUAAUUCAGUUGAAAUUCAUUGGCUUUUCACAGGUAAACUCAGGGGAGAAUUCUUUCUUUAAAGACUAUAGAAAAUGAAUCAUUUUGCUGUUGUUUUUUUUCCAGUUCCUUGAUACUCUCUUUGGCUAAAAAAGAUUCCUGUUUCUGCAAAGGCAAGAACAAACCUAAACUUAAAGAUAUGCUCAGUUGAAAAAAAAAAUUAGGUUGGUAUUGAGAUAAAUGUGCAUUUUACCACAUUUACACAGUAUUAAUUAGGAGACUGGGAGAGACAUUUCUGUGGUACCAUCUUUAAAGAAAGGUAUGUAUUCCUGAGUUGCUCAGUAUCAGAUAAAACUGAAGCUCCAUUCAGCCUCCAAA